AAAUAACCGACAACUUCCCAAAAUGAUUCAAUGGAAGAAGACCAAUACACUUAUUAUCUUUGGUCAGUCGUAUUUAGAAUAGACACCGUGUUCAGUAUUGCGACCUUUGACACCCUGAUUGAACAGACACCUUCCUUGGGCUUGCAACCUGUGACAUCCUUAUUGAACAGACACCUUGCUCGUUAAUACAACCUUUGACAUCCAAAUGUUACUGACAGCUUGCUCUUAAUUGCGACCUAUUGCAUCCUAAUUGAACAGACAACUUGUUUGGUAUUGCAACCUAUGACAUCCUGAUGGAACAGACACCUUGCGAGGUAUUGUAGUCUGUGAAAUCCUGAUUGAACAGACAACUUGCUCGGUAUUGCAACCUAAUACAUCCUGAUGGAACAGACACCUUGCUUGAUUUUGAGACUUAUGACAUCGUGAUGGAAUAGACACCUUGCUUGGUAUUGCGACCUUUGACAUCCUGAUGGAACAAAUACCUUGCGAGGUAUUGCAGCCUGUAAAAUCCUGCUUGAACAGACAACUUGUUCGGUAUUGCAACCUAAUACAUCCUGAAGGAACAGACACCUUGCUCGAUAUUGAGACUUAUAACAUCUUGAUGGAGCAGACACCUUGCUCGAUAUUGAGACUUUGACAUCGUGAUGGAACAGACAACUUGCUCGGUAUUGCAACCUAAUACAUCCUGAAGGAACAGACACCUUGCUCGAUAUUGAGACUUAUAACAUCUUGAUGGAGCAGACACCUUGCUCGAUAUUGAGACUUUGACAUCCUGAUGGAACAGACACCUUGCUCGAUACUGAGACUUAUAAGAUCGUGAUGGAACAGACACCUUGCGAGGUAUUGUAGCCUGUGAAAUCCUGAUUGAACAGACAACUUGCUCGGUAUUGCAACCUAAUACAUCCUGAUGGAACAGACACCUUGCUCGAUAUUGCGACCUAUGACAUCCUGAUGGAACAGACAACUUGCUCGGUAUUGCGACCUAUGACAUCCUGAUGGAGCAUACACCUUACUUGGGAUUGUGACCUAUGACAUCCUGAUGGAACAAACACCUUGCUUGGUAUAGCAACCUGUUACAUCCUGAUGAAACACACUUUGCAGGGUAUUGCGGACUAGUGCACCCUGUUGAAACUGACACUUUUCUAAGUAUUUCAGCCUAUAACAUCUCCAUUGAACAGACACCUUGCAAGGUAUUGCAUCCUGUGACAUCCUGAGUGAACAGACUCUUUGCUCGGUAUUGCGACCUAUGACACACUGCUAAAACUGACACUUCGCUAAGUUUCGCAAACUAUGACAUCCCAGUUAAACAGACAUCUGUAUUGCAUCCUGUGACAUCCUGUUUGAGCAGGUACUUUGCUAAGUAUUGCAACCGAUGACAUACUGACUGAGACAUUUUAUUAAGAAUUGCAACCUAUGACAUCUUGAUUGAACAUACGUCUUGCUAGGCAUUGCAUCUUAUGGCAUUCUGAUUGAACUGAAACUUUGCUAAGCAUUUCAUCCUAUGACAUCCUGAUUGAACAUACUCGUUGUUCAGUAUUGUAACCUAUAACAUCUUGACUGAACAGCCACCUUAAGAGGUAUUGCAACCUAUGACAUCAUGAUUGAAGAGACACCUUGCUAGGUAUUGCAGCCUAUAACAUCCUGAUUUAACAGACACCUUACUUGGUAUUGCAACCUUUGACAUUCUGAGUGAACAGACACUUUGCGAGGCAUUGCAACAUGUGACAUCCGGAUUGAACAGACACCUUGCUUGGUUUUGAAACCAAUGACAUCCCAAUUGAACUGGCACCUUGCUUGGUAUUGUUUGAUAUGACAUCUAAAUUGAAGAGAUAACAUGGACUCUGCCCUUGACUGUGGUUACUUUGGUUCACAGGCUAUAAAAGGUGGCCAGUCAGUAACUGUCAAUGCUAAGGAGAAAGAUACAUCAUCAUCAUCCUCUCAACUUGGAUGUACGAUAAAUUUCUUUACAGUAGACAAUGAUACAACAAUAAGGGUGGACUUUGUAAGCUUUAGUAUCAAUACUUGUACUGUGAACCUCUAUCUCUCCGGGGAUGGAAGUGGAAGUAUGAGCUCCUACAGUUGUGGUGAUAAUCCCAGCACCUAUUUCUCUGUCGGACGAAUAGUGACCUUGACUUUACACAGAAUUAGUGUAUCAUAUAACCAGUAUGAUUUCCAGCUUAAAGUUACAGCUGUUCGAGGUAACAGGCAUCCAGGGUAUCAACUGCCUUCAGAUAAGGCAUCUAGCUGCUGUAGGACUAGUGAUACGUAUCAUUGGAUCUAUUUUUGGAGUCAUAUUUUUUGCAUCGUGUAUUGGAAUAUGUUGCUUUCGAAAGUACUGAGCUUGGCGCCGGCCAUUUGUUUUUAAACACAAACAAUAGAAAACUUUUUUUUUUCCUUUUACGAUCAAAUAUUCAAAAUAAUAGUAAUUUCGCUUCCUAGUUGUCAAAAUAGUUUUUGUUCGCAAAAGUAAUAUUUCACUACAAAAUUAAUGUUUAUAUAAAUACUAGAUUGCAAAGAAACAUGUUCAUUGUAACUCUAAAAACUACUUGUUCCACUGCAACAUCCCACAAGAUCAAUUACAUGUACAGUAUAUUUCUUUGUUAUGGCACAGUCUGUUUCAUGCUUUUUUAUCAUCAUCAGUCGUUUAUUGUCUAAUAUAUUUCAUUACAUAGGCUGCACUUCCUAUUUUGAACUUCACUUAAAUGUCUCUCUUUUUUCGCAAAAGUUAUAUUUCAUUACGAAAUAAAGGUUUCAAUGAUUACUAGAUUACAAAAAAUAAUAUUCUCUGUAACUUAAAAAACUUUGAAUCACAGCAUAAAUUACGAGGCCAUAUAAUUAUCGCAUUCUGCUUUUUCAUGUUAUCAAACGUAAAUCAUAUGAUCUACUUAACAUAAAAGGAGCAAUAUUUACUAGUCAGUAUUUUCACGACUGGAACUUAAACACCACACAUUCUAGGCUUUUGAUAUUUUCUUUUUUCUUUCUCUUUGAAAUUUUGUUUGUAUGUUUUUACACUCACUUCUUAAAUCUUACGCCAGUAGGAAGAUUCAGUAAAACAUUAUUACAGAGCUUUAGAAUUUACAGUGAUAAAUUAUUAUCACGGUCUUAUCCAUUUAUGAAUUUAGAUUAUACCAUUAAAUGUUAAUAGGGUUAUUCCCUAAAUGUUUACUGAGUGAACAGCGAACAGAUCCUGGUCUGCAUCGGUCGCAAACCCAUUACAGUUUGCUGUCAGUUUAAUUCACGAUUCGUGUUUUGUGUAAACAUUAUUUCAGUGGUGCUGUAUAAGAUAUGUAAUUCCUGUUUUUAAUUUACAGACACUGAUUCUUGUGUGUAAAAAUUUCUUUUGUGUACAUAGAUAUGUGUUUAGGAUUAUGUUCCAUGUAUAAACAAGUGUAUAAUUGUGAAGCUGACUGUACAGGCAGUACACUUUGUGUAGGUUAAACGGAGGAAUUAACUUAUUUUAUCGCUUUUAUAAAAUUUUACCUAUCAUAAUUCAUUUUUCAUUUCUUAUGUGUUAGAAUACAGCUGCAGAUAAUUGUAGUAUUUUAACUUAAAGCAAAAAAUAAGUAUUAGAUGUUUAAUAUUUUACGGCUUUCUGAAUAUUUUAGAUAACAUAUUCAUAUUCUUCAAUAUUACUUUUAUAUGACAAUUCUAAAAUAAAGUAUUAUAUACAUUUUCGACUUUUCGCUUUCAUGUUAAAGCUUCAUUUAAGUACAUCGUUGUCUUGAUUACAUUUGAUCAUCAUCAAAACCUCGAAGUUUAAGUCACUAACCGUGCAUCUGUCUGGCCUGAAGUUGGAAGUUACCCUAAAGCUGCCACUUAUAAAAGUCGGGCAAUGGCGGCAUUUGGUAACAAAUUUCCAAAUGUAUCAAAAUUGGUUUCCAGUGUUUCCAUUUUGACUAUAUUCCAAACUAGAUGCGAAUGAUAUACUAAUCUAUACAGUGAACAUAUAAGGUAUAACAUAAUAACAGACUAUUCUUGAGUUAACAGACCAGUUAUCCUGAGUUUUGUUAACAAAAAAUGAAACAUGUCAUUAUAAUAUACUGUGUUGAGUUGCCCCAGGCAGUACAGUUCAUUUUGCAUAGGAUCAAGGAUUAAAAUGCUGAAAAAUGACUUUUGAUCCUUCAGACCUGCUUGCUUUACUGUACCAAAUUCCCAUCUAUAUACAAUAGGUAUUGUACUUGCUUUAUAGCUUAUCCUUCACAAGUUCUAUUUGGUCAAACAAUGGGCUGUUCAACACAUACUUUGUAAUCAGAGGGUAAAUUUAUCUAUUGAAACAUUUUUUAAGACAAAGUACGAAUUUCCUCAAUAUAUAGAGAUAAGUAAUGGCAAAUAAUGGAAAACUUAUUGACCAUUACCCUCAUUUAUUUUAAUAUUGUAGAGCAAUUCCAUUACAUGUAAUGGGGAAAAUGGCUCCAAUACCCAUUACAUUCCAUUACUGAAAAAAAUGAUAAUGCCCAUUCCCAUUAUCCCUUACGCUUUACCCAUUGUCUCAUCCCCACAGGCAUGGAGUAUUUGUGAUGGCUUUUUGUGAGUGCAGUGUAUGUCGUAAAGGAAGAUUUUUCCUUUCGCUAAACAAAAUUUCAUAUUUUUAUUUUUAAUGUCUGAUCUGACCAAUAAUAAUGAUAUCAGAUUAAAGUCCACAAACGAGAAAAAUAAGUUUUACUAGAAAAAAAAACUAUGAACUAUAGUGAUAUUAUUUUGUUUUAAUAUGCUACAUUACUCUUUAGAUAAUCAACACCAAACUUAUCACAUAGUAUGUAUGUCUGGAACAUAAAUAAUCCAUAAACAGUG